AUGAUACAAACAUUAUUAUCUGAAAUUUUGAAUUUCUUUACAUUAUCUAUUACAAAAUUAACAACUAACAGUAUUAUUUUAGUCAUACUUCUUUUAUUAUUAAUCAUAAUAUAUUACAUAUCUUAUACUAAACCUUCAAAUGCUCCACCAUGUUUUCCUAUAUUAUUAUCAAUUUUAUGUCGUAAAUAUGAUUUUAUAAAUAAAGGUCCACUUGAACUUAUUCAAGAUGGUUAUAAAUCAUUAGGUGAUAUAUUUCAAAUACGAUUAUUUCAUCGAUCUGUUGUAUUUUUAAUUGGUCCACAAGCACAUAAAAUAUUUUUUGAAGCAAAAGAUACACAAUUAUCUCAACGUGAAGUUUAUAUAUUUACAAUACCUGUAUUUGGUAAAAAUAUUGUUUAUGAUGCAUCACCAAAAAUAAUGCAACAACAAUUAAAAUUUAUGAAUAAAGGUUUAAAUUUAAUACAUAUGAAAGCUCAUGUUGGUAAAAUUGUUAUGGAAGCUGAAGAAUGGUUUAAUAAAUGGCCUCAAACAGGACAAAUUGAUUUAAUAAAAGAAUUUUCUGAAUUAAUCAUUUUAACAGCUUCUCGAUGUUUAUUAGGUAAAGAAAUUCGUGAAAAUAUUCAUCAAGAAUUUGCACAUUUAUAUCAACAAUUAUCUGAUGGUAUGAGUCAUUUAUCAUUCUUUUUUCCAAAUGCUCCAACAAAUGCACAUAAAAAACGAAAUUUAGCUCGAAUUAAAAUAUCAAAAAUAUUUGAAAAAAUUAUUAAACAACGUCGAAUAAAUCAAGAAAUUCAAUAUGAUGAUUUUUUACAAGUAUUAAUUGAUGCACGAUAUUUAGAUGAUUCAAUACCAACCGAUGAUGAAAUAACUGGAUUAUUAUUAGCAGCUUUAUUUGCUGGACAACAUACUUCAAAUAUUACGAGUACUUGGAUGGGAUUAUUAUUAAUAAAAUAUAAAUCAAAAUGGAUGUCGAAAUUAUUAGAUGAACAAAAACAAAUAAUGAAUAAAUAUCAUGGAGAAUUAUCAUUAGAAUCCUUAUCUGAAAUGAAUUUAUUACAUGCUGUUAUGAAAGAAACAUUAAGAUUAUAUCCUCCAUUAGUAUUUUUAAUGAGAAAAGUAUUAGAAUCAAUAUCAUAUAAUGGAUAUAUUAUAUCAAAAGGUGAUAUUGCUGUUGUAUCACCAUCAAUUGCACAUCGAAUAUCUGAUGUUUUUAAAAAUCCUGAUGAAUUUAAUCCAGAAAGAUUUUUAGGUGAAAAUGCUGAAGAUCAAAUUGAAAAAUUUAGUUUUAUAGCAUUUGGUGGUGGUCGACAUAGUUGUUUAGGUGAAAGAUUUGCUUAUUUACAAGUAAAAACUAUAUGGUCAAUAUUAUUAAGAAAAUUUGAUUUUGAACUUUGUCAAGAACAUCCUGAACCAGAUUAUUCAACACUUGUUGUUGGACCUAAAGCACCAUGUAUGGUUAAAUUUAAACGUAAAAUAGAUUCAUUUUAG